AUGAUGCCACCUAGAGGUGCUAGGAAGGAGCAACAGAAGGUUCGUUAUUUGCCUGUGUUAUCGGAUGGCAGUCGCACGUCUGGUUUCCUUAUGCUUGACGACAUAUUCCCUGAAGAGGCUGAGGAGAUACUCACCUUUGCGGACCAGACGGCUGCUCCAGUGGACAAGAAGGAAGGAGACUCCAAUGAAGGGGGAGGUGCGAAACCGAAGACUGCUGACACACCUGAAGACGGCGGAUCCAAGCCUUCCGGAGAGGCGCAGCCUCCGGCGAGUUUCGACCUCCCAGACACUUUCUAA